GCCUGUAGUAUCCUGUUAUAAUUGUUAUGCAGGGGGAGCAGCCUGUGGUGUCCUGUUAUAAUUGUUAUGCAGGGGGAGCAGCCUGUGGUAUCCUAAUAGUAUUAUUAUACAGGGGGAGAAGCCUGUGGUGUCCUGUUAGUAUUAUUAUACAGAGGGAGCAGCCUGUGGUGUCCUGUUAAUAUUAUACAGGGACUCUCCAGCUGUGAGGAACCAGAGUCUUUAUUACACGUCACACGUUCUGUAUUCUCAUCUAUCACAAAGCAUGGACAUGGACGGAAGUCACAGGACUGAGAGGAUAAUAAAUAUCACCAUGGAGAUCAUCUACCUGCUGACCGGAGAGGAUUACACAGUAGUGAGGAAGACAUCCGGUGAGUAUGAGACACCCAGCAGCCGUCUCCGCGUGUCAGGAGGACUGAGCAGGACCCAGAGCCCCAUCACGGUGCCUCAACCUCACUCACUGAUACAUGAGAGACACAAUGACCAGAAAAUCCUGGAACUCGCCAACAAGAUCAUUCAGCUGCUGACUGGAGAGGAGGGGGAGAAUAUAGAGGAACACAGGGGUCUGUACAAGGACGUGAUGAUGGAGAAUCACCGGCCCCUCACAUCACUGGAUGGGCCCAGUAACAGAGAUACCCCAGAGAGAUGUCCCCGUCCUCUGUAUUCCCAGGAUUGUACAGAGGAGAAUCACAGGACCCCACAGGAGGAUCAGUUAGAACACCUGUCUGAUAUUAAAACAGAAGAUAUAGAGGGAGAAGAAGAGACGUAUGUGACUGAUAUGAAGACAGAAGAUAUAGAGAAAGAAGAAGAGACGUAUGUGACUGAUAUGAAGGGAGAAGAUAUAGAGGGAGAAGAAGAGACGUAUGUGACUGAUAUGAAGGCAGAAGAUACAGAGGGAGAAGAAGAGACGUAUGUGACUGAUAUGAAGGCAGAAGAUAUAGAGGAAGAAGAAGAGACGUAUGUGACGGAUAUGAAGGCAGAAGAUACAGAGGGAGAAGAAGAGACGUAUGUGACUGAUAUGAAGGCAGAAGAUAUAGAGGGAGAAGAAGAGACUUAUGUGACUGAUAUGAAGGCAGAAGAUAUAGAGGGAGAAGAAGAGACGUAUGUGACUGAUAUGAAGGCAGAAGAUAUAGAGGAAGAAGAAGAGACAUAUGUGACUGAUAUGAAGGUAGAAGAUAUAGAGGGAGAAGAAGAGACGUAUGUGACUGAUAUGAAGGCAGAAGAUAUAGAGGGAGAAGAAGAGAUGUAUGUGACUGAUAUGAAGGCAGAAGAUAUAGAGGGAGAAGAAGAGACGUAUGUGACUGAUAUGAAGGCAGUAGAUACGGAGGGAGAAGAAGAGCCGUAUGUGACUGAUAUGAAGGCAUUAGAUACGGAGGGAGAAGAAGAGACGUAUGUGAGAGGUGAUCAGCAGUGUAAGGAGGAGAAAAUUCCUACAGAUAUCAGCACAGCAGAUGGACACACAAGCAGGAAUAUCUCAGAAGGACAUCUAAUGUUAUCCCCGGAUUGUGAAAAAAAAGAUAAUGACAGUAGACCGGAUUCUCCAAGAGAUGAUCCUAUUACCCCAAUUAUACAUCCAGCUCUAUCAGCUGGUCCCUCUGAUCCUGGGAAAUGUUCUCCUGAUCACUCUGAUAUUGGUGCAUCUGUUACAGCUCUGACAGUAGAUACAGUGUUUCCCUGUUCUAUAGAUGCCAAAUGUUUUACACAGAACACAAACCUUAUUACCCAUCAAUCAGCUAAGGCAAGCGAGAGACUAUUACCAUGUUCUGAGUGUGGUAAGUGUUUUCCAUACAAAUCAGAUCAUGUUAAACAUCAGGGAAGCCACACAGGUGAGAAGCCAUUUUCUUGUUCUGAGUGCGGGAAAUGUUUUACACGGAAAUCAGGUCUUGUUACACAUCAGGGAAGCCACACAGGUGAGAAGCCAUUUUCUUGCUCUGAGUGUGGGAAAUGUUUUACACGGAAAUCAGGUCUUGUUACACAUCAACGAAGUCACACAGGAGAGAAGCCAUUUUCCUGUUCUGAAUGUGGGAAAUGUUUUAUAAGUAAAUUAUAUCUUGUUAGACAUCAGAUAAUUCACACAGGUGAGAAGCCAUUUUCUUGCUCUGAGUGCGGGAAAUGUUUUACCCUGAAAUCAAAUCUUGUUACACAUCAGAGAAGUCACACAGGUGAGAAUCCAUUUCAAUGUUCUGAGUGUGGGAAAAGUUUUACACACAAAUCAAAUCUUGUUAAGCAUCAGAGAAGUCACACAGGUGAGAAGCCAUUUUCUUGCUCUGAGUGCGGGAAAUGUUUUACCCUGAAAUAUAGUCUUGUUACACAUCAGAGAAGUCACACAGGUGAGAAGCCAUUUUCUUGCUCUGAGUGUGGGAAAUGUUUUACCCUGAAAUCAAAUCUUGUUACACAUCAGAGAAUUCACACAGGUGAGAAUCCAUUUCCAUGUUCUGAGUGUGGGAAAUGUUUUACCCAGAAAUCACAACUUGCUUCACAUCAGAGAAGUCACACAGGUGAGAGGCCAUUUCCAUGUUCUGAGAAAUAAAUCAGCACACAAUAGACAUCA